AUGGCGACCUUCCGUCCCAUGUCGCCGCUGGAAGCCGGCGUGCAGAUGUACCAGAGCGGCAACAUGGAGCCUUUCCUCACCGUCCGCUCUGACAAGCCUCGGCCGCUAUCCGAGGCCACCGAGAUCUUCGACACCGACUUCGAGGACGACGACGGUGAUGACUCGAGUGACUUUGAAGAGGAAAGCGUCCCGAAAUACAGCUUCGAAUCGAAUGACAGCAGAAAAAGCCAAACGACCAUAUCUACUUACGAGGAAGUCCCGACGCCGCAUUCCAGCCGCAGGAUGCACUUUGACUUCCAGGCCCAGGAACGACGAUCCAUAGAGGGCCCAAAGGGCCCUCAUUUGUUCCGCUCUUCUCUCUCAUCCGCUGAGUUCAAUUACGAGUAUGCGCUCCAAAUGUCUCCUUUACUCCCGAAGCAGCCCCCACCCAGGAUCGACACUGCAUUCCGGACCGAAGAAGUGGAGCCUAUGCCUUCUGCUCUUGCUUUCGAGUUCUACGCUCAAAAUGAACCAGAGCCGCCGCAGGGGCGUAGUUCGAACAUCAGUUCGUGGACUGCGCAACAAGUGGCAGACUGGAUGUAUGAACUGGGAUUUGAAGAUUCCAUCAUCGAGAAGUUUGAGCAUCAUGACAUCACUGGUGCAGUGUUGCUCGAUAUGCAGUUCGAAGACUUAAAAGAGUUGGACAUACCUUCUUUCGGAAAGCGGCAUCAGCUUUGGAACCACAUCGAUGAGCUCAGGGGUAACGAUGGCCGCAUAAGCCCGCAGCCCACUCCAUUCCAAGACACGAGCCGUCCGUGCACGCGCAAUACCCGAUCCAACAGCACCAGGGAGCGGUCACACUCGCGGCCCCGCCGCCGUGAUUGCGAGGAUGCAGAAGACGGUAGCAUGACUCCAAUUGAGCCCGGUGCCGGUCGUCGGAGAAGAGGUCGUAGACAUCGCAGCAAUGGCGACGAUAUCAUCACACCUGCUGAAUCCGUCUCGAUCGUUGCGAUUGAACAACUGCUUCCUAAGCCACAUCAUUGCUCAAAGGGCGAGAGAUGCCACAAAUGGAGAAAGCAACAACGGCAACUCCAGCGACUGCAAGAAGAGCAUGGUUUUCCCAUUUCUCCGGACAAUGGUGGCCACAUCUUCAUUGCUGGCGAUCCUGGAAAUGCUGCUGCUGCUACAAACCUGGUGGAGAACGUUUAUCGCCCAACUUCUGAUGCUCUGCCAUCUGUUGUCGCAUCUUCUGAUCUUAUGGGUCCAGGGCAGAUGCCCGCUGUCGCACUGCAGGAAGACACGCUUCGGACAGUCGAGUCCCGCGAUCCUCAGGAGAACGUCAAGCACUUCCUGACACUGCAACACAUGGAGCCCCCGCAUAUACAGCACCUACCGGACGACCGUCCCUCUAGCCCUCUGGAGAUGUUCCCGCCCCUUCACCCGCCCCACGAAACCCAAACUGCUCAUGCAAACCUGCGCAACUUGCCCAAACUUAACAUUCCACGAUCCGCCUCCGCCAACGUCUACGGCAACCCUCGGCCGAUGCAAACUAACGAGUACUCCAACGCCUUCUCGCCUUGUCGUACUGCGAACGCCUCUCCGAACCUUUAUCGUUUUGGCACCCCCGCCUCCGAGAUGGACGUUCCCCUGACCCAGGUUCCACUUGGUCCAAUUUCUCGCGACACCAGCCAAUCAGUACCACCGGGAAUGCAGUACCGAGAUCCUGUGCAACGUACCGCCUCAAGCAAUGAGUGGCGCAGGCCUUCUUACGUGAUGCCUAGCCUUCGCGAGAACGAAGUGUACAGCCCGCCGGAAGCCCAUCCGAACUCUGCCGACUCUGCCACUCUGCAUGAUAAUGCGUCCACUACGUCGCAAAUGAGAAAGAAGUCGACGGAUUCGUCUUCUAGUGCAGACAUGAAGGCGCAUCUGCUGAACCGCUACGAGCAACAGCAUCAGUACACGUACGAUGGCGUAAACCAUGCCGGCUGGAUGAAGAAGCGACGCACUAAGCUGCUGCGCCAUGAGUGGCAAGACCAGCACUUCCGCCUGGCCGGCACGCGGCUGGCUAUGCACGCGUCCGACGUGCCCGAGAGCAUGGCAUUGGACACAAUCAAUGUGGACGAGUACGCCGUUGCAUGCUCCAGCUUGGCAUCAAACAAGCUGGCCGCCAAGCUCAAAGGUCUCAAGCUCGCCAACAGCCACAAGAAAGAUGGCAGUGGUAACACAAGCCUCGACGCCGCGGCCUUCACAUUUCAGCUCGUGCCGACAGGCCAGCACGGCGAGGACAAGAGCAUUGUCAAGAAGACGGCGGCAAACGGCAAGACGCACCACUUUGCUGUCAAGACUCGUGAUGAGCGCAUCGACUGGAUGAGAGAGCUCAUGCUGGCCAAGGCCAUGAAAGCGAAGAAGGAGGGCUACGAGGUCGAGAUUAACGGCAGUGCUGUCUAA